UUUUUUUUUGGAUAGAUAGCAAUUUAAUCAAAUUUGUAGUGUCUCGACUUCGAAGGUAAUAUCAGCAUAUGUGGAAAAUAUGAUUUAAGUGUGUGUGAUCGUGCAGAGUCACAGAAAAUAAAUCUUAUAAAAAUGACGUGGUGAAGAUACGCUUAUCGUUUGAUGAAAGUGUUGAAGGAAUUAUAAGAAAUAGAAUGGAGGAAAGUACAAGUUCGCAAAAUGUUUGGCAUAAAGGUAAGCCUGAGGAACAAAAUGAGCUGUUUCAAGGAGAAUCCACAACUGCGUCUAUAGAAGCUAAUUCUACAUCAUUAGCUGAUAUAUUUGAUACAGCAUUUACAUCAACAGUUGAUCCAUCUCCGCAAUCUCGAUUCCCUUCUGGUAAUGAAAUGGAGUAUGAGCAUUUAUUUGCAGAUAGUGAUAUUGAGGAAUCAGAUGUAGCAGCUAUAGAUCCUUAUACAAAUUCAACUCAUCCUACUACUUCCGAGAAUAAUUUUGUUUAUGGGAAUUUUUUAACACCACCAGAUACAACUAGUGAUUCACAGGAAUAUUGGCAAUCUAAUCUCUUAAAUUGUAAUAUGUGCCAAAAUAGACAAGAUAGAAAUUCUAAGAAAGAGCCACCAACUCGACAGUUGAAUAAUUCUUGCGAGGAGAGAUUAUGUAAUAAUUAUAGGACAAAAAGAAUUUUACACGAUCGUGAUUUGGCAAUCAAACAUAAAACUAAAAGAAACGAAGAGCAAAAGUUAUUGAGUGGUCAACAACCAGAUAAUUUGAGUAUAGCUGGACCAUCUAGAUUAUCAGAACAUCCUAUUUCAAACAAUAUAACGAGAUCAACAACAAAUAUAGAUCCUAUAAGUAUGUUAGAAAAUGUGGGAGAUCAUAAUUUGAGUCUGGCUAUUAGCUUACAUCGUUCAGCAUAUAAUUCAAAUGUGUUAACUCAUCAAGAAGUGAAAUCGGUGCAUACACCUCAAAACGAUGACACGCCAUCAGCACCAGAUUUGCAACUAGAUUGGUCCUCUAGUAGCGAUAGUGAUGAUGAGGACAGUUCAGUUGAAGUACUUGGUACUGUUAAUCAUAAUGUCAAGAAUUCGUUAGAAAAUGCGAGUGAAGAUAAUCAUACAGUUACUGUAGUUGACUUAACUGUAGAAUCUGAUGAAGAACACACGCCGUCUACAUCGACAAAUCCUGUAGUUAGUCCGUGGUCGGCAGAUUAUAAUCAUAGAAGUAAUCCGCACUGUAUGCGUGGAUUCACAGGCAUGGAUUAUUGGAAUCAUUUAACACAUCAUAACAUGCAUAAUAGAGGCACAUAUCACAAUCACAGAAUGCCUGCUCAUUCACGUUAUGGAUCUGUAGGAGAUGCAUCUGCGAAUGUAACAAGACCACGCAUGCACCCACUUCAAGAAAGAUUGUGGGUAAAUCAACAACGCAUGCAAGAAGUACAUAGACGAAGGCUUUAUCACAGAUUUUCGUCGCAUCACGUCGGUAAUGCGGGACCAUGUAAUUCUCAUAUACAUUCAUCGACGUAUGUUGCUCGAAGAAGUGGCGAAAACAACAGUCCUUCGAGUGCUCGAUGUAACAAUGAAACAGAUAACGCAGCAUAUACAGAAAAUUAUCUUCCACCUAUUUUACCGCCCCCGCAACAACCUACUGUUUAUAGCCAUCCUGAGGCUCGAGGGCCACCUAAUUUCUAUAGAGGAUCAUGCCCUGUGCUACCUAUAAUCGUAAAUCCGUUAAAUGGCGUGGAAGAAAUGGAGCAGACCCCUCCAGUGAUGUUGCCCUCAAUGCCGGUACAUCAACAUGUACAUCAUCAUAUGUAUCACUAUGAUCCGCAUCAACGGCCGUCUCAACGUAUGCAUCACGUUCACAUUAGUUUCCAUCCUCAUAUGCAAGGAUCUGGAACACAUGAUAUGAUACCAUAUCCACCGUUUGGUCUAUCGGAUUUUGUAUUGCAAGGAGCGCGUCACAUGUCCGCUCGAUUGGACAAUUAUAUGCGCAUUGUUGAUUUACGACGUAUGGGUCAUAUAAGUUGUGGGGCUACACAAGAAUCUAUUGAAAGCAACACAUUCCCACAUAAAUACAAACGGGUAAAAAAAGUUGAAAAUGGAGAAGAUGCUAUCGAGAAGUGUACAAUAUGUUUAUCUGAAUUUGAAGAUUGUGAAAGUGUCAGGAGGCUUCCAUGUAUGCAUUUAUUUCAUAUCGAUUGCGUUGAUCGAUGGUUAUGCACCAAUAAACGUUGUCCUAUAUGUCGAGUGGAUAUUGAAACUUUUCUCCAUAAGGAGUUCACUACUUCGACAUAGUUUGAGGUUUUUCAUAUCUGCCUCUUUUUAAAAUAUGGUCCAUCCAGGAGAAAUUGUGUUGGGUUACCACUAUUACAAUGGAUUAAUGAUGUAAAAAUGUAAUGGAUAAUCAAAAUAAUUACGAAAUAUGAGCAGAGUUCCUCAAGAAGACAAGACGAGUUGUCGAUGUUCAAUUUUAAUACAUCUCUGACUGCGGUUGGUUUUAUGCAUAAUGAUAAUAAUGAUAAAUAUAUUGAAGACUAAAUUUGUUUACACAUAUUAAUGAUUAAUCAAUAUCUAAUUUUUAUCUUUGUUUAUAUAUGUAUACGAUGUAAAAAAAUCUAUGCUAUAAGAAAUUUAAAAUAACUCUCUUAUAUGACUUUACAAAAAUAUUAUAUAUCUUUGAGUAUAGAACAUAGUUAAAAGAAUAUACACAAAGAUAUAUAGUUUGGCAACUCAAUUUGACUCUAUAUCGACAUAGUACUUCUGGUAUACAAUACAUAUUAUAUAAAUUAUAUGCAUUCAGUGUACUUCAAUUUAUGAGACUAAUGAAAUUUCUAUUGUAAAUAUUUUAUUGAUAUCAUGUAAAUUUUUGUAAUGCUUGGAUUAAAUUUGUGAUCUUGACAAAAUUCUAUUACAUGUCAUAUAAUAGUAUUACAUGUCAUAUUACUAAUAAUAAUUUAAAGCAUAGCUGUUUUUUUCUUUUUCUUUCUUUUUCUUUUUUAAUUAUGUCUUUUUAUAUACUGAUUUGUACCUCUAAUAUUAACACCCUGAUUUUUUAUCGUAGAUAUUAUAUAAUAUUAACAUAGAUCUGAAUAUUGGAAAGUUAUUAUUUACAAUUGUUGAAAUUUACUAUCAAUUAUUCCUUAUGUGAGAAAGAAUAUCAUUAGUGCAUUAUUCAAAUUAUAUUUGUGAUAUUUUUUUUGAUUUAAUAUUAUUCAAACUAAAUUGGAACACAGCGCGCUAUUUGAAAUAAUGCCAAAAAUAAUAUAUGAUACGUUUAUAUUUAAAAGAAAUAAUUAUUUUCAUAUUAAAUUUCUUUCAUUACUAUCAUCAAUGCUAAGCCAAAGACAGCCUAAGUUAUAAAUAUAAACGAAUAUAUCUACAGAAUGAUUAAGCAAUUUUGAAUUAAAGAUAAUCGCCAUUGUAUGUAUGAAAUUUGCAGAGAAAAAAUCACUUGUUUGUCAGGCCUUAUAUAUAUUGUCACUCUUGUAUAUAUGUUAUGUUACAUAAUAGAAUCCAAUAUAUUGUUCUCUAGUUAUAAUAAUCCUAAAUAAUUAUAGUAAAAGCAACACUUUUAUCACAUUGGAAUAUCUUCAAUAUUCAAGUUGAUACUGCGACAUAAAUAAUUUUAUUUUGUCAAUGUUUGAUAUAAAAUGUAAUAUAUAAGAUAACAUGAAAAGGUACAUCAUAAGAUAAAUAUGUCAUAAGAUUUUCUGUUACUAGUUUGAUAUUAAAGAAUGAAU